CUACAGCUACGGAUUGUUACUGUAUCGUAGAAUUCUAAUAACAGUGGCAAAAGUCCGCAGUCGUAGCUGCAAGUGUACAUCAUUACAUGUACCUUAUUUUGACCGGCUGCAUGUUGUGCAGUGUGAAUGAAAAUACAGCCAAAAUGACACGAAAACAUAAAGCGAAAGGCCUCUAUGCAGUUUCUGUAGCUGUUUUUGCUCUUUUGUCACGACUAUCAGUUAUUCUGAUGCAGGUUAUCGUUGGUAAUUUACUACCUGAUCAUCAUGCAGAUGCCUUUCAUCUUGACCCCGUCCCUAACCCCUCAGCAUCCGAUGAAAUUGUUCACUUCCUUGUGGAUGGAUUCACAAAAUGGGAUGCUUCGUACUUCCUCCACAUCGCACAGCACGGAUACACCAAACCGCAGAUGUUCGCGUUCUUCCCACUGUACCCAAGUUUAGUUCGCGUGCUCACGGACUUCUUCGUUAUGCCUGUGCAAAAUUUGUUUUCGCUACACAUGAGCUUGUAUAGUUGUGUUGUUCUGUCUGCAGUAACACUAAACAUCUGUUUUUUCUGUAGUGCAGCAAUUCUGCUGUAUUAUCUCGGAGUACGCGUGUUGUCCAGUCAAAAACUUGCGUAUAAAGCAGCGUUGCUGUUUUGCAUCAACCCCGCUAGUGUGUUUAUGACAGCCGCUUAUACGGAAUCCCUAUUUGCGUCGCUCAGUUUCGCAGGAAUGUUAGCGUUGGAAUGCGACAGAUUUCUUGGGUCCGCAAUUCUGUUCGCGCUCUCCGGCGCAGCGCGAUCAAACGGUUUCAUCUCAAUCGGAUUUCUGGUUUACUUUGCUAUGAGGAAAAUUGCGGAUUUGUUGAUUGAUGUGAAAUGUCAACGGCAAAAAAGCGGACCAGUUUUAUGGCAACUGACGCGCUGUCAUGUUAAAUACAUCGUAGUGAUCGUAUCUAUUCUGCCUUUAACCAUGUUAAUUGUCAUCGUUUUGCUUCCGUUUAUUUCAUUCCAAGUAUACACUUUUAUGAUGAUUUGCACAGAUGAGAGAAACAUUCCAUCUUUUCUGACCAUAAAUGUCCCUGUAUCGGAUCACGGAGAAUCGUGGUGCUACAAGAAUUUUCCGAUACCGUAUUCGGAAAUCCAGUCUAAACAUUGGAAUGUGGGUUUUUUGAGGUACUACGAAUUCAAAAAGUUUCCGAACUUUCUGCUGGCAUUCCCAAUGGUCGUCUUGUGUGCUGAUGCGAUCUUGAAGUACUGUAAGAAACGAUGGCAUUAUGUUUGUGUACUGGGACUUGUAGAGACACAGAAAGUUCGACUCGAGACCAGAACUAUUUUUGGAAAGUCGGGAUUAGAUGUAUUCGGCAACAAGUUGUUCGUGCACAUUGUCCACUUGGCAGCGCUUCUGGGUUUUGGAGUGACGUGCAUGCACGUACAGGUCGUGACGAGAUUCAUCUCAUCUAGCUGUCCAAUUGUGUUCUGGUAUGCCGCUCACUUGACUACGGACGAGAACACAGAAACGUCUCAACCGCAACGAAACCAGCGCGAUACAACACAGAAUAUUCCCGCAUUUCGUGGUAAUAUCUCCUUGUUUGAUAUCAGCAAGAACGAAUUGAUAGUGCAGUAUAUGAAAUGGCGUGAGCAGGGUUUAAGAACCAAGCUAGUUCUAGGAUACUUUGCAGGAUACUGUCUGAUAGGUAUUGUAAUGCAUUGCAAUUUCUUACCGUGGACAUAGGAUAAAAUAUUGACUGCUUUUGAGUGGUAUAGUAAAACUUUUCU